AUGGCAUCACUUGGUACAACAACCCUAACAUCUUUAGUUUUGGUAACCCUUUUUGUGUUAGGAGCUUCUUCGUCCCAACACAACACCGACUUUCUCGAAUGCCUCAUUGAUCAAUUCGAGAGGUCGAACUCAGCAACCAACGUGAUUUUCACCCCACAAAAUGCAUCCUAUGCAAGCCUUCUCGUGACCGAGAACCUACGACCCGCGUCAACCUCCCCGGAACGACCCUCUAUGAUAAUCACCCCUUUCCACGAAUCUGAAAUCCAGGCUGCGAUCUUCUGUUCUAAGAAAGUCGACAUGCAGAUUAGGGUUCGGAGCGGUGGUCACGACUAUGAGGGGCUUUCCUACACCUCCCGAUCAAACCCUUUCGUAGUCCUCGACAUGAGAAACUUUCGAUCCGUAUGGAUCGAAGACGACGAGAAAACUGUGUGGGUGCAGGUGGGCGCCACGUUAGGCCAACUCUACCGCACACUUGCCCUGAGGAGCAAAACCAUUGCUGUCUCGGCCGGCGUAUGCCCGACGGUGGGCGUGGGUGGUCUCUUCAGUGGAGGAGGCUACGGCAUGAUGUCCCGUAGGCACUCUAUCGCAGCCGACCAGAUCGUCGAUGCCAUAUUAAUCAAUGCCGACGGCAGAAUUCUCAAUCGCGAGUCCAUGGGAGAUGAUCUCUUUUGGGCCGUCAGGGGAGGCGGUGGUGUUAGUUUCGGUAUUAUCAUCGCUUUCAAAGUAAAAGUAGUCGCCAUUCCAAAAACUGUUACCGUAUUCAACGUCACAAGAACGUUAGAAGAGAACGCGACUCGAUUAGUUCAUAGGUGGCAAUAUGUCGCCCAUAAGGUCGACAGAAACCUCUUGAUUAGGCUAUCAUUGAGAAGCGUGCGUUCCCCGAAUGGUCAGAACAGAACUAUUAAUGCUAUUUUCUUCGCAUUAUACCUCGGCCCAGUCAGUGACCUUAUGCCCUUGAUGCAGAAUGAGUUUCCAGAGUUGGGUCUAGUCGAACAGGACUACAUUGAAAUGAGUUGGAUCGAAUCAAUACUCUAUUUCCAAGGUCGUUUCGGUCAACCCCUCGAUGUCUUGCUCAGCCGGACACCCCGAGCCACAAUGUACAUCAAGGCCAAGUCGGACUUCGUGACGCAACCAAUCCCUAUAAACGGCCUAAGAGGGAUAUGGAGUUUUCUACACGAAGAAGCCGAAGAUAUGGCCGAAGUGCAAUUUAGCCCUUAUGGAGGAGCUAUGGAUGAUCUUUUGGAAUCCGAAACCCCUUUCCCACACCGAGCCGGCAACAUAUUCAUGGUCCAUUACAUGGUAACUUGGUUAAGACCCGGAAAUGAAGAGUUGCAGAGGCACCUCGACUGGAUUAGGCGAUUGUACGCUUAUAUGACUCCUUAUGUCACAAGUUCGCCUCGUUCGGCUUAUUUUAACUACAAGGAUCUCGACUUGGGAUCAAACAACCCGGGAAACACGAGCUACAAGCAGGCUAGUGUGUGGGGCCGAAGAUACUUUAAGGGGAACUUCGAUCGGUUGGUUCGUGUAAAGUCUAAGUUCGACCCUUCAAACUUUUUUCGAAAUGAGCAGAGCAUUCCUCCGGUGCGUGCACGCUAG